AUGCCCAGAUACGAACUCGCAUUGAUUCUGAAAACCAUGCAGCGGCCUGAGGUGGUGGCUGCUGCCCUCCGGCAAAUUGUAGAGGCGCUGCUGGAAAAUGGAGCUGUAGUGAGGAACCUGGAAAACCUGGGAGAAUGGACACUGCCCCACAAAAUAUCCAAACACAGUCUGCGGCACACCAGAGGCGGGAACUACCUGGUGGAUUUUGAAGCAUCUCCGACCAUUCUCGCCACCAUGUUGGAUCACUUAUACUGUGAUAUUGACGUGAUCAGACCUACAAUACUCAAGCAACGGCCUCCAAAGUCUGAGAAAAACAACCCAGGAUUGAUCCCACCCGACAACGGUGCUAAACUGCAUUCGAAAAGAAAAUGA